ACGUGACAAGUUCCAAUUUCUUUUUAAAGUCAAUUCAACUGAAGUUUCCUUGCUGCCUCUGAAAUCUUUGGAGAGAGCCCACCAAUUGGACAACUUACUCUUGAGAGGUGUGUGGAUUCUGCUGAAAUGAAAAGGCUAGUUUGGACGCUUUUGGUGUGCUGCUCUGCAAUGGCACAGCUGCAUAGGGACCCUGCCCUGGACCACCACUGGCACCUCUGGAAGAAAACCUAUGGCAAACAGUACACAGAGAAGAAUGAGGAAACAGAACGGCGUCUCAUCUGGGAAAAGAAUCUAAAGUUUGUGAUGUUACACAAUCUGGAACAUUCGAUGGGGAUGCAUUCAUAUGAUCUAGGCAUGAACCACCUGGGAGAUAUGACCAGUGAAGAAGUAGUGUCUUUGAUGACUUGCCUGAAGGUUCCCAGGCAGUCUCAGAGAAAUGUCACUUAUAAGUCAAGCCCUAAUCAGAAAUUGCCUGACUCUCUGGACUGGAGAGAGAAGGGAUGUGUUACCGAAGUGAAAUACCAGGGUUCUUGCGGUUCUUGCUGGGCUUUCAGUGCUGUGGGGGCCUUGGAAGCGCAGCUAAAGCUGACAACAGGAAAGCUGGUGUCUCUCAGUGCACAGAACCUGGUGGAUUGCUCAACUGAAAAGUAUAGGAAUGAAGGCUGCCAUGGUGGCUUCAUGACAGAGGCCUUCCAGUACAUCAUUGAUAACAACGGCAUCGAUUCAGAAGCUUCUUAUCCCUACAAAGCCAUGGAUGAAAAGUGCCAAUAUGACUCAAAAAAUCGUGCUGCUACAUGUUCAAAGUAUACUGAACUUCCCUUUGGCAGUGAAGAGGCCCUGAAAGAAGCUGUGGCCAGUAAAGGCCCUGUGUCUGUUGCUAUAGAUGCAAGCCACUCCUCCUUCUUCCUCUACAGAAGUGGUGUCUACUACGAGCCUGCCUGUACUCAGGUCGUAAAUCAUGGAGUACUAGUGGUUGGCUAUGGAAACCUUAAUGGGAAUGACUACUGGCUUGUGAAAAACAGCUGGGGCCUCUACUUUGGUGACAAAGGAUAUAUUCGGAUGGCAAGAAAUAGAGAAAAUCAUUGUGGGAUUGCCAGUUAUUCAUCUUACCCAGAAAUCUAAGGAACCUCUUCAUUUUAUAACAAGAAAAGAAAAAUGGAACCAUUUCUCUUAACUGUAUCCAAAAGAAAUAAGUGUGACAUGAUCAAUAUAUAUUUUCUGUACUAAUUAGAAAAUAUAGUUUGACUCUUCACUUUUUUCACUUUGCAGAUGUCAGAAAAAACGUUUGCUAAGUAAAUUAAUAAUAUACUAUAGAUAUAACUGAUGAGAAUUGUUCAGCUAAGGCAAUCUUCUGUGUUUGUCAUUGUUUAAUUGUAUACCUUUUGUCUUUUUAAGUCUCCUAAUAUGCUUUCGUAAGUUGAUGGCCUACAAUUGUUUAAUAAAUCUAUCAUUUCAAAUUUC